UUCAAUCAAAAUGAGAAUACUAACGGUGCUUUCUGUCUUAUAUUUUAUCUGGCCGAAUUGUUGUUCGGCUGUGGUGGAUGAUCUGUUGACAAUGUUCUGCAAGAAUAUCGAGAAUCAAUCGCCAACGUUGAGGUUGAAGAGGCAUCUUUUCUGCGAAUACGAUUCCACCAUUCGGCCGACUCCUUCUCAUAAAAUUGUGAACAAUGUGACCAUGAAACUAAUACCAAAAAUACUGGAAUUCGACGAAUGGAACAGCAAAAUGAUAUUGCACAGUUGGAUGACACUUAUUUGGAAUGACGCUCAUCUUACUUGGAAACCCAGUGAGUUCGAAGGGAUUAAUUUUAUUCAUGUGAAGAGCGACGACAUAUGGAUUCCCGAUCUUUCAGUUUAUAAUUCCGGGGAUUUGUCGUUCGAUCAGACAGGUAUACCACCGACGACAUGUUUGGUCUUCAAUUCAGGUUCGGUUAGCUGCGUGCCUUCGGUAAAACACAUCUCCAAAUGUGUCACAAAUUUUGCUUCGUGGCCUUACGACACGCAUCAGUGUCGAAUUAAUUUCGGUUCGUGGGUUCAUUCCGGGGAGGAAGUGAACUUUCACUUAGACAAAAAAGCGUUUCAAAUGGAAGGAUAUACGAACAACACUGAAUGGGACUUCAAAGUUGUAAACGCGUACAAGGUGUUAAAAAAAUACAAAUGCUGUCCAAACGAUACUUAUCCAAUGAUCGUUUACGAGUUCUCCAUAAGCCGCCAUUAUGGUAUCAUGCAUACCACAUAUAUUACACCAGCAGUAGCAAUGAUGAUGCUCACGUUAACAGUACUCUGGUUGGAUUCGAGAUCGACCGAACGUAUGGCUGUCGCCAGCGUGAACUUGAUCUGCCAUAUGCUCUGCAUAUUCGAUUUGCACUGGCAGCUGCCGCACAAUGGCCCCAAUCCGCCUAAUAUAUUACUCUACUACAGAGAUUCACUGGCCCUGGCAGUAUUCGCAUUACUCUUAACCGCUCUGCUUCGCAAACUGCAAACAAUGAGUAUCGAAGUACCAUAUUGGAUCUCCACAACGACAUCGUUCGUCUUAAACAACAGAGCUGGACGUUUCCUAAUUCUCACCGGCGACGAAUCCAAAAUAUCCACCGAUGGGAUAUUAAGUGAAGAAAAUGAGGACAAUUCAGACAUACCUAAGACCGGCAACAAAUCUAAGGAAUCUUCGUGGAGACAUUUCGCCGCCAUUAUCGAAUGGCUAUCGUUCUUCGCCGUGGUGUUUACCUACAUCGUCAUUUUAUUCACUCUCGUGCCACCACCCUGA